CUAGCGAAGGGGAGGGCUAGAGUUAAACAAGUUGUGGCCGUGGCAUCCUCACAGAAAGCCCACGACCGGCUGGACGGAAAGACAGACAGCAGAUAGAAGCCCCAUGUGGAACCCAAGGACGCAGCCGCCCUGCUGAGAGCACGGCGGCCCAUCCUUCGAGACCGUGACCUCCAGACGGUGGCCCUCGGCCCUCCACCUCCGGCAGGGGCGGGGGCUGCCCACCUGCGAGUCCCCAGCCAUGACGACCUCUGCACUGCGGCGCCAGGUGAAGAACAUUGUGCACAACUACUCCGAGGCAGAGAUCAAGGUGCGCGAGGCCACCAGCAAUGACCCCUGGGGCCCGCCCAGCUCUCUCAUGUCGGAAAUCGCCGACCUGACCUUCAACACAGUGGCCUUCGCCGAGGUCAUGGGCAUGCUGUGGCGGCGGCUCAACGACAGCGGCAAGAACUGGCGGCACGUGUACAAGGCGCUGACGCUGCUGGACUACCUGCUCAAGACGGGCUCCGAGCGGGUGGCCCACCAGUGCCGCGAGAACCUCUACACCAUCCAGACGCUCAAGGACUUCCAGUACGUCGACCGGGACGGCAAGGACCAGGGCGUCAACGUGCGAGAGAAGGUGAAGCAGGUGAUGACCCUGCUCAAGGACGAGGAGCGCCUGCGGCAGGAGCGGACCCACGCCCUCAAGACCAAGGAGCGCAUGGCGCUGGAGGGCACGAGCAUGGGCAGCGGUCAGCUGGGCUUCAGCCGCCGCCACGGUGAGGACUACGGUCGCCCGCGAGGCUCCCCCUCCUCCUACAACUCCUCCUCCUCAUCCCCCCGCUACACCUCUGACCUGGAGCAGGCCCGGCCUCAGACGUCAGGAGAAGAAGAGCUGCAGUUGCAGUUGGCCUUGGCCAUGAGCCGCGAGGAGGCCGAGAAGCCAGUUCCCCCAGCCUCCCACAGGGAUGAGGACCUGCAGCUGCAGCUGGCUCUGCGCCUGAGCCGGCAGGAGCACGAGAAGGAGGUGAGGUCCUGGCGGGGAGAUGACUCCCCCAUAGCCAAUGGCACAGGGGCCACUGGCCGCCACCGGCAGGACAGAGAGCCCAAGAGAGAAGAGAAAAAGGAGGAGGAGAAGCUGAAAACCAGCCAGUCCUCCAUCCUGGACUUGGCCGACAUCUUCGUACCUGCCCCGGCCCCGCCCUCCACACACUGCUCUGCUGACCCAUGGGACAUCCCAGGUCUUAGGCCAAACACAGAGGCCAGUGGUUCCUCCUGGGGGCCUUCUGCAGACCCCUGGUCUCCAGUCCCCUCAGGAAACGUCCUGUCCCGAAGCCAGCCCUGGGACUUGCCUCCUAUGCUCUCCUCCUCUGAGCCCUGGGGCAGGACCCCAGUGCCGCCUGCUGGACCCCUGACCACAGACCCCUGGGCACUGAACUCUCCCCACCACAGACUUCCCAGCGCUGGGGCUGACCCUUGGGGGGCCUCCAUGGACACAUCUGACACACCUGCUCUAGGUGGUACCUCGACCUUUGACCCAUUUGCCAAACCCCCAGAAUCCAUGGAGACCAAGGAGGGGCUGGAGUGCGCCCAGGCCCUGUCCUCAGGGAAGCGCGGCAGCCCUGUGGAGCUGGACCUGUUUGGAGAGCCUAGCCCCAGUUCUAAGCAAAAUGGCACGAAGGAGCCAGACGCCUUUGACCUGGGCGUGCUAGGGGAAGCGCUAACCCAGCCCGGCAAGGAGGCCCGAGCUUGCCGCACUCCUGAGUCCUUCCUGGGCCCCUCGGCCUCUUCCUUGGUCAACCUGGACUCGUUGGUCAAGGCGCCCCAGGCGGCACAGACCCGGAACCCCUUCCUGACAGGUCUCAGCGCUCCGUCCCCCACCAACCCGUUUGGCGCGGGCGAGCCGGGCAGGCCGACGCUGAACCAGAUGCGCACCGGGUCGCCGGCGCUCGGCCUGGCGGCGGGCGGGCCCGUCGGGGCGCCCCUGGGCUCCAUGACCUACAGCGCCUCCCUGCCCCUCCCGCUCAGCAGCGUGCCGGCCGGCGCGAGCCUCCCCGCCUCGGUCAGCGUCUUCCCGCAGGCCGGCGCCUUCGCGCCGCCGCCCGCCGGCCUCCCGCAGCCGCUGCUGCCCACGUCGGGUUCGGCCGGCGCCCCGCAGCCCGGCACCAACCCCUUCCUCUGAGCGCCGCCGCUCGGUCCCGCCCGCGGGCCUGCUGGCGCAUGCGCGCCGCGACUCCGGGUCCGGGCGGGGCGGUGGGGCGUGUUGAACACUGCUCCAGGCCUCGGCGACCCAGCCCUGUGGCAGCUCCUGAAGCUGGAGACUGGCGACGUCCUGGGAGCUAGAGACCGAACGCCCCCAUAAUAAAGAAAGACUGGAACCCUCGCCUUCAGCUCUCACCAAGUGGACUUUUUGCGGGG